AUGUAUCGUAGCAAUAAUUUCAGCAAUCGCUGCAGUUAUCAUCAUCAAGAACAUUCGCAGUGUAAUGUUGGACCUAGACGAUCGGCACUUCAUGCUACUGGUGGUACUUCGUUGGGUCUGAAUCGCAGGCAUUUCGCUCAGCGGAAUCAUGCUUGGUCAAUUCCGGAAUUGGUGAGGGAAACAGGAUUAAUUCUGGAAGUACAAAGAGAUUAUGGUCGUAUCCUUAGUCAAUCUAAUUUUUCCACACCAAAUGUUCAUAUUUAUUUUUCGCUCUCUACUCUGGUUAAUGAUGCACCGCUGAGUGUAAUCACCGAUAAUCUUGCAGAUGUUUUUCAAGCUGGAGCAGUGGUGGAAAUCGAAGUAGAGGGAGGUGUUAAUCUGAAAGAGCUAAAACAUAAUAUUCACGUGAUAUUGACAUGUACCUCUAUAAGGCCAAGCACGGAUGCUGGUCAUAAGCCGGAACUGGUACCAAUGGUAGUAAUACAAGAUGAUUGCGAAAUACCACUUGCUCUGAUAACUAAUCACGAGCUAGUUGCACUCCCUCGGCAGGUCUUCCCAGUAGAAGAGGUUACUUCAGCAUUUAUGGCAAAGAAGAACUCAGUUAUCACAGAUGUAGAGUUGCCAGAAUUUGCAACUAUUGGACGUUCCGUAGAAGGAGGAAUCUUGAGUGCACCACCAUGGAUCCGUGAAUUUACAAAUCCUGCAGUCAAAAAGAUUGCACUGAGUGUGCAACGCUUUGGGCGGGAUCGAGAAGGUUUUGCAGUGAUAAAGGAGUAUAUCGGACGUGGUGUUAUCCUUACGCCAAUCGAUGAAGACGAUAAACAAAUGUGUGGUGAUAUGUUUUACCCCUAUGAAAUGCGAGUCAAUUCGUCAUAUACGAUGACAGGAUGUGAGGAUGUGUAUCGCUUAGGCUCAAAAUGGUAUUUUCGUGCAUGUCCAGAAUUACCGAAUCGUAAAUACAAGUAUCGAGUGUAUAGUCUCAAUAGUUUGGAUGCCAUCAUCAGUGGUGAUUUAAUAGCACAGGAGCAGCUUUCUGAUCAUACUGUCAUAAAGACUCAAGGCUCUGUUACUGUUGAUGUCUCGACCAGUGCCUUGGAAGCGAACGCAUCUACUAAUGACCAACUAGACAACUCAAACCAACUUAUUGAAUUCGAUGAUAAACCUUUAACGGUAUCCUCACCAAAUGCUUUUCCAAAACCCACAGCAGUUUCGCCGGUUACUCUAAACUUACUCAGUACUGUUAAUUUCGAUGCAUCUCAUGCGGCAACAGCAAGUGGUAUCAAUGAGACAAUGAUUUUACAAAAUCCAAAUCCUCCCGAUGUGACUGAUCGCAAUUUAUUGGUUGAUUUCAAUGUUGCUAAUGAAGUACAACAAGUCGCACCGGAUGUUCGACACCUUCAUAUAUUAGAUGAAGAUUUUACCCUCUCUUCAUUUAAUUUUGAUUUUAAAGAGGCGAAGAGCAAAGCAGAAAUGUUUGGCUAUAGUAAUUACCAAGAUAGUAAAGACGUAUGCAUGGCAUCACUAGACAAAGAGUCAAGAAAUGUUGAUUUGAAUCAUAUUAAUGGAUUUAAAACUACAAAAGAACAACCAGCGAAAGUGGAAAGUAGCGAUUGUUCAGUAGAAUUUACUUCGUGUAAACCCAAAAAUUGUGUGGAAAAUUGCUCAGUCCUGUGUAAUGGAAAUUCUGUAGUUGAACAGUUGGUUGAUUUUAGCAAUGACUUAUUAAUUGUUGAUCAAGAGACGGAUACUAGCGAUGAUGAUUCUGAGAAUGAAAUGUUCCAUGCAGUAUCUGUGAAAAGAGAAAGUGAUGAUGGGUGGUGGUUCACUCGCAGGAUCUCAAGUAGAAUAGAUUCAACGGAAGAUAGGAAAGCAAAUGUUGAGUUAGGGAGGCUGCCGUAUUGCAACAGAAAUUCUGAAGCAGCAGAGCUUAACCCAACACCCAAAGAUGAUAAACCACCACUAUUUCUAACUGAAGAUCAUGUAAAUUGUGAAGCAACUUCCGUGACGAUAACACCAGAGUUAUCUCUUACAAAUACUCUUCAGAACGAUGGUAUAUAUGCCAAGUUUUUUGCUGGACUUCUUUGA